AUGAAGGGUGAAUAUGCUGACUCAGACAUACUUAUAGUUUCGGCUUGCCGGACCCCCAUUGGUCGCUUUUGUGGAAGCUUGGCCAGUGUCCCCACCCAUGAACUCGGUGGAUGCGUGAUUUCAGAAUGCAUCAAAAGGGCUUCUAAACAAUUUGUCGGUCUGACUGAAGAGGAGGUUUUGGGAAGAGUGAGUGAAGUAAUCAUGGGUCAGGUGUACACAGCGGGCGGAGGUCAGAAUCCUGCAAGACAGGCAUCUAAAGCCGCUGGCCUAUCCUAUACUGUCCCAGCAUGGGGCCUUAACAUGCUCUGCGCGUCGGGCAUGAAGGCAGUGUGUCAGUGCGCUCAGACGCUAAAGGUCGAGGGGGGUCUAGCUGUAGCUGGUGGGCAGGAAUCCAUGUCACGGUGCCCUCAUAUCACUGCGCCCGGCUGCAGUUUGCGGCGCGGCGGCGGUGGCGGCAAUGCUGAUGCUCUUCCCCUCUUCGGUGACUUUCACCUCGUCGACAGCCUUCUCACUGACGGCCUUGAAGAUGCGUUCCAUGGGGUUCAUAUGGGUGUGACUGCUGAAAACAUUGCGCAAAAAUUUCAAAUCGGCCGGAAGGAUCAGGAUGCUUUUGCGUUGGAAUCCCAGGCAAGGUGUAAACAGGCCAUGGAAAUGGGGAAGUUCAGGUCUGAAAUCGUACCAAUUACCAUCUUCAAAUCCGACAAGCAUGGCGCUGUACGUUGGCAUUUUGUUAUGCCUUUCUAG